AUGACAUCCCUAAUCGGUGAACAUGAUGUGGUCAUUGCGAAAGGCAGAGGGGGUAUUGAAAAUCAGGGAUACAAGGAAUAUAGUGAUUUGAUCACAGAAAACUGGGAAGAGUACCACAAUUCUGACAAGAACGACGUGAAGGCUGUUAUUGUAGCAACAAUCAUCAAGAGUAUUCGGGACCGUGGGGGGAAGUUCUUGAAGCCUGCUUCCAAAGGAAAAGAUGAGGAAAAGAAGUACAUAGAAUUGAAAGGAGAAGACCUUGAACAUGCAGUACAACACAGGAUGCGCUACCAAACCAAAAAAAAAGGGAAAACAAGCGGUGAACAAGGCCAAUCAGAGGUGAAUCAAUUGAAGGAACUGUGUCAAACAUUGAUGCAACAAAUUCAAACAAUGCAGCAAAAAAUACAAAAAUUAGAAGAAAAUUCGGAAACAUCCCAAAGGUGCUUGCAUAUUCUUUGCACCGAGUACAAGGAACAACAUGAUCUUAAAAAAGGCAACAGUACAUCCAAUUAA